CUCGCGAGCAUGCCCAGUGCAAGCCCUGACUUUGGCUCAACUCUCCGUGUGCAGUAACGGGCUGCACAUAUGGGACUGUGAAUGCGGUUCCCGAUGAGCUCCAACUCUUUGUCUUUGGGAGGAGGAGGAAGAGGUCGUGCCCGGAGCCCGAGGAUCUGCCCCGUGUCCUCUGAGACCCUCGCCCGUCGGCGGGCUCGUGGAGAAUGCUCGCCUGCUUGGCCAGGGGGAAUUUGCUGGAUAUUCUGCAGGAGGGCUUCACGGAGCAACAGCUACAGGCAUAUGUGGCCUGGGUGAAUUCCCAGCUGAAGAAGAAGCCAACAAUAAAGCCAGUCCAGGACUUGAGACAAGAUCUCAGAGAUGGAGUCAUCCUUGCCUCGCUUAUUGAGAUUGUAGCUGGUGAGAAGUUGAACGGAGUUCAGGUCAACCCUACCAGCCAGCAGGAGAUGAGAGAAAAUGUGGAGAAAGUCUUACAGUUCGUGGCAUCAAAAAAGAUCCGCAUGCAUCAGACAUCAGCAAAAGAUAUUGUCGAUGGGAACUUGAAAUCUAUCAUGAGGCUGAUCCUCGCCUUAGCUGCUCAUUUCAAGCCGGGCUCCGGAAGAGCAAUGAAUCACAGCGCUGCUGGCAUGACGGGGAAGAGCUUGUCAGCGUCGUCUGCCAGCCACAGGCCUCGCUCAGCUGCUGCAGUGGCCCAAGGGGCAGUGGCUGCUCUGGCAGAUGUUCGUCAAGAUGUCUUGCAAUCUGGCCGGGACGUUUUCCGGCACAGACAGAGAAACAGCAGCAUGGAUGAGGAGAUUGAAAACCCCUACUGGAGUGUCCGGGCACUGGUGCAGCAGUACGAAGGGCAGCAGAACAUCGCCUUGGAGUCCCACUCCUCCAGUCUCGCGUCACCCAGUCCUGUCCAUAGCACAAAGAGCGAAUCCACUGUAACCCCGUCAGAGGAGAAAGCAGGAUAUGUGAUUAUCCACACUGAAGAAACAGAAAGUAAAACAGAAGAGACAGAAUCUCACUUCCAGCCUGACUGGCAAGCAGGGAACCCUGUGUCACAUUUGGAGAAUUCAUGGGAGGAGCAGCUUUUGGAACAACAGGACCAUUUGGAAAAGGAAAUGGAGGAAGCGAAGAAGAUGAUAUCAGGUUUGCAGGCUUUGCUGCUCAAUGGAUCUUUACCUGAGGAUGAGCAGGAAGGAUCCUUUGAACUUUGUGAGCACGGAGCCUGCCCUGAAGAGCAGCUGAUCAUAAUCCGAAGUCGUCUGGACCAGAGUGUGGAAGAAAAUCAAGACCUAAAGAAGGAGCUGUUGAAAUACAAACAAGAAGCUCGAAACCUACAGGGGAUAAAGGAUGCUCUCCAGCAAAGGCUGGCUCAACAGGACGCUGCAGUUCUUCAGCUAAAGCAGGAGCUGCUGAGAGCCAACAUGGACAAGGAGGAGUUGCACAACCAGAAUGUUGACCUUCAGAGGAAGGUUGAAGAGAGAAACCGGCUGUUGGCGGAAUACAAAAAGGAACUGGGCCAGAAGGAUCGGCACUUACAGCAGCAUCAAACCAAACUGGAUGAAAUGCUAAGGCAGCUUUCUGAGGCCAGCUACCAGCAGGUGGAUUUGGAGCGGGAGCUGGAGCACAAAGAGGCCCUGCUAGCUCACUGCAUGAAGAGAGAAGCCGAAGAGGUGAUGGCCUACAGCAGUCACAGUGCUCAGAGCAAUGGCUUCCUCCAGACAGCAGGAAAAGGAGCUGCUCCUGCAGCCCACCGAGGGACAAACGACUUGCAGCUUGUUCGUGAUGCACUUCGUAGCCUGAGGAACAGUUUCAGUGGCCACGACCCACAGCACCACACUAUUGACAGCCUGGAGCAGGGCAUCUCCAGCCUGAUGGAACGGUUACACCGCAUGGAGACACAGAAGAGGCAAGAGAGAAGGAUCCGGGGGAAAUCACCAGCAAGCAGAGCAACAAAUGAGUGUAGAGACUCCUGGCCUCCAAACUCCAAACUGCCUCAUUCUCACAGCACACCUGUGAUGAGCACCAGUGCCUGCACCAAAGUGUUGUACUUCACUGACCGCUCCCUCACACCUUUCAUGGUCAACAUACCAAAGAGGUUAGGGGAAGUGACUCUGAAGGAUUUUAAGGUAGCUAUUGAUCGUGAAGGAGCCCACCGGUACCAUUUCAAAGCCCUGGAUCCAGAGUUUGGCACAGUCAAGGAGGAGGUAUUCCAUGAUGAUGACAUCAUUCCUGGUUGGGAGGGGAAAAUUGUGGCCUGGGUGGAAGAAGACCACGGGGAGAAUUAAUCAAGCUUUUAGGUCUUGUCACUAUGGAAACCUGUAACUGGCUGCUGAGCUCGGAGAAUGACCAAAAAGCAUGCGUGCUGGAAGGAGUCCAAUUCAAGCUGCCAAAAGAAAGGGUUUUUCUGCAAGCAACGGGUAAUGCAUGUUGUGUGCAUGGAUGCCUGGCGUGGAUGCCUGACUUUCUGUGGCCAAAUACAGACAGCGUUGUGGGACUGGAAUGAUUGUCUGUGGGAAAGAAACACCUUGCUUUGUCCUAUCAACAGAACCCUGAAGGCCUUAACGAUGCAUUUCUCCUUUCCCCUGCUUCUCCAUUCCUGCAGUAUGUGCUGCAGCCUGUGAUCUGGGCGUUUCAAGUCUCGUUUGUUGUACACAGUAUUGCUAUAAGUCUGCACUGAUGGCAAAAAUGCGAAGCUUUGCCUUUGAGUCGGAAGAAGCCGCUGGAGUAUGCGAGCAGAAGGUUUGAACAACUUUGGUCUCAGACUUGCAUGUGCUGCAGGAGCAGAGGGAACUUCGUGGACAGUCCGGACUGAGUAUAGAAGCAUGACCUGGGGAAGGAAGACAGUCUUCUGAAGGUUUUCUGCAUGAUCUGAAGCAAAGAUCACCAGCUUGGCAAAGCUUCCUUUGUCCCAAAAUUUAGGCUUCCACUUCCUAGCCCUGCUUCUCCCCCUUGCCCUCCAAAGCUAUACUCACUUCUGAGGUCCUCUGGGUUUGCUUUGUUGCCAUGGGGACUGUGGGAUCUUGGUGCUUGCUUUUCUGCUGAAGGAUUUCAUCUGGGGAGGCAGGAGCUGGAAUCAGCUGCUUCCCCAAGGUACUUAUAGCCCCCCUCCCUGCUGAGCUCCUCUCUUUGCACACCUGCCGUCUCCUCUGUCAGCACAGUGGACUGAUUGUCACCUCCUGUGCACAGGCACCUCUGUGCUGCUGUCCACUGUUUGCCAGGGCCACCAAACAUAACCACACCGGUAGGAUAAAUCCUGUCAGUAGCACCAUCCGUUCCUUGGUAGGCCUGCUCCUGGGGUUUCUGAAGGAACAGGAAAUAGAUGGCUGGCUGGGAGGGUGCGCGCCCUGAAAAUCCCUGAGGCUUGUGUUUUUUGUGUUCUAUUUUUGUUUGUUUGUUCUGUUUAUUUCUUUCCCCCUGCAUUGCCUGCCUCUGUCCUUCUGCUGCCGGUCAGCUGUACUUGCACAGCACUGGCUCUGGUCUGCAGCAGACACUGUUGACUUAAAAGGUCAAAUGGCAAGUCAAGGUUCUGCUCAUUCUCGGUGCAUGUGGCCCUUUCAUGGACUACCCACGUGUCUGUGCUUUGGAUGAGGCUGGGAGAGGGUGACCCUGGUUUUACUGUUUUAUAUUAACAUGUCCUUUUGUAAAUAUGUUACUGUUUGGAAUUAUUUUGUACCAGUUUACAUUGUCUGAGGACUGUGGAUAUUUUUAUACCAGUGCAAGUGCUUUCUGUAUAUUUCUGCACGCAUUAUACUGUGUUUUACUCACUUUCUAGUGGAUGCUGAGAUGUUUUGUAUGGUCUCUUGUUCACACAACACUGGGCUUGAUCUUAUUUUACUAUGGAACUCCAGCUAGUUCCUACUGGGUUUUAUAUUCUGCCAGCUUGUACAGGCACUAACAAUGCUAUUUCCUUCCACACUGCUUCACUGUCCAGGAAAGAGCUCAAGGCUUUUCCCUGGCCCUGUGCCACACUGUAACACCACAACAUGCCUGCGGUGCCCUACAGUUCGUUAUGGUGACUUUCCUCACAGACAGCAAGCAGUCAGUGUCAGUGGGACAGCUCGUCAAUGGACAAGUUCAUCAAUGGCUGCGGGGGGGCAGGCAGGACCCAUCUCUUGGAAAAAACAGAUUUUCUUCCUCCCUGGAAAUUAUUUCACUGUUGCAUGAUCUUUAGUAGGUUGUUAAAGAGAGCAUGGGGUUGUUACGCUGAAAUCAAUUGUUGUAUUUCGAUUGCAAUUUUUUCCUCAAGUGUUGCUUCACGUUUUGCUUCUCAGUUUUAUUUCAGCAAGAGCCACACACCCAGACUAGAAUUUUAUGGAGACAGUCUGUAGUUGCCAGUUCAAUACUACUGCUUGGUUUUGGAGCACUGAAGACAUGGAAGGCUGUUAAUAUAAUCAGAGCUUCUGGUUCAAUUUAGCCUUGUCCGGUAGGCAUCCAAUUUUCUCCUGGAAAAUAAAACAGAUGUUAGCUGGUACAGGAGACAGUUGGGAGCCUCAGCCUUGUUCUUAGGCCAGUUCAGGCAGCUAAUCAUGGGCACGUUUAAUAUGCUUACUGCCCUUCCUACCCAUGAGUCAAAGACUGAACCAGAUCUGACAGCCUUUCAGCAACAUGCUCUCCAGAGCAGCACUGGGCUGUGUCUGAGGAGCAAGACUGGACAAGACUUGCUUUUUGGGGUUGUCAUCAACAAACCUAUCAUCAGAGCUAAUGUCGCAUGUAAGCUAAGAUGCAAACAACAUUCCCUGAGACAGGACGGGUAGCAGUGCUUUGUUCUUGGGUCCCUAUGUGCAGCUCCCUCGGUGAUAGCAGAGGUGGGACUGCUAGCAGUGCUGUCACUGAAGCUGAAGGCCCCGCUUUGCCUCGUUCACUCCCAAAAGUACCGCUUUGGUGAGCUGUUUGGAUUCAGCUUUGUUCCUGCAGUGACACCGCAGCCUUCACCAGAUGCUUUACCUUCUGUGAUUUACAGGAAGGGGUCUGAAGCAGGUAAGAAAUGGGGAUAAGAGGUAUUGGAUGGCAAGUCCUUGGACAGGAUGGGUUUUGCUGAUAAAACCAAAAGCUGUUGCUUUUAAAUCAGUCUGACACUGCUCUAACAGUGACUGCAGUGAAUUUAUUCUGGGAAUAUGCUCUUAAUAUCAUACCCAGGACUUGCAUUUUUGCUGUGUUGAAUGUUUAUUUCUACCCAACUCUCUUCAAAGUUACUUUCCUGCUCCUAUACUUGUAACUUGGCUGUGUAACACAUGGUACGUGUAAAAUUAUAUUUUCAUAGAAACUCUAUAUAGAGUUUGCAUUCAUCAUUUGAAACGGAUGGUGGUUCUCAGGCAUGUCCUCAAGGAAAGUGAAAACCUUAUCUGUGUACCUAAGAUCCUGAUAUCCCAGAUGGUUGGUUUUAGAGAAACGGUGGUUUUAGCGGACCAAGCCCUUAUCUCAAUAAAGUGGGGUUUACAAACU